UCGACGGCUUCCUGCUUUCCACCCCCACCAUUUAGCCUUUAAAUCCGUUUUCUUGGUCUUUUCUUCUGUUUUCCUUUCUUUGUCUACCCUGCCAGGUCGCCACCGGUCCCUGUCCCUUCCCGGGCCCGUCACCAUGGCUGCCAUCCAGCCGAUGCCACCGGCCCCCUCGAGGGCAACGUCCUUCCAGCGGAUGCUCGAUCUGGAGAAGAGGUACAAGAUGGAGCGUCUUCACGGCGGCACUCGGCCAUCAACUGCUUCCUCACCAACUUCAGAAUCCUUUGACGGACAUCCCCCGCUUCAGGUCCGUUCUGCCGACUGUCUGUCGCAGUACCAAAACGACCUGAUGUUGAAAGCCGUCCGGCGUAACGCCGCCCUGCCCUCACUCUCCAUCACCAUUCCGCCCCCCAAUGGCAAUCGAGGCACCACCGCCGCCAGGGGAAUGGAGGCGGAGAGCGAGAAGGAACAGGAGCCGGACGUGGAGAGCCUAGAGCCGGAGCCACUGCAGAAGUCGGUCAAGUUUCUGGCUCCCGACAGCGAUAGCGACUCCGACCACGAUUCAGAGCAGUCGUCAAUCUGCCAGUCGCCAAGUUGGGAGGGGUAUGGCCAGAAGAAAAUGGAGAAAAAGAAGGAGGCAGAACGGAAACGCAAAGAGAAGGAGCAGGCAGAACGAGAUGCAAGAGCCGCGAGGAGGAAACCCUUCUCGAGGCUCAGCAAGGCUCCUCCAGUGAGUAUGCGCCAACAGCCUGCGCUCAUGGAACGCUCAAACUCGGCCCCCUUACUUGCCAGUCACCGCUCUUUUGGCAUAAGCAGAGUCCAUCAACUUCCAUCGGUUCAAGACGAAAGCGAGAUUGCAGAAGGGCAAUCCUUCGACUCUCGCUCGGUAACCCCUGAUCCAAGCGACUUCUUAUCGGGUACAAAGAGCAACCGGUUCCUUGGGGGACUCAGGUUUGAGCAAGAAAGGAAAGCUGCUGCACAGAAUGCCCUACAGGCACAAUUCCCCGACUCCUUUCCUGAUGGCCUUGCAUACGGAAACGACUACGUGGAGGGCCCUCGCCAACCAAUGCAGAAAUCCUACUCAGCCGGUCCCCGGAUGGAUAUGUCGCAUACAACACAUGCAACGUCUGCCACCAAGCAAGGCUCCAAGGCUCAUCGAGACUUGCGCCCGCCUUCAGCAUCCAGAACUCCGCAAUUGAGACACAUGCCAGGCGAUCGGGGCCUUGGUCAAAGCCACAGUUUCCGACGGGGUACGUCGAGAAUGCCUAGGGAACGAGAGGAAUCAUCCAACAUGUAUUCGAGGGCCAGUCACUCCCAGGAAUCGCUGCACACAGCGGGCUUGGCUACUGACAGACAUCGACUUGAGGACGGAUACGUUCGGCGCCAGAGAGACCAGAAAGCCGAGCGCGCCCUGGCGGGUUUCGCAGAUGAGCAAUUGUCUUAUAGCAUCGGGAUCUCGGCCACGAAAUUGGCUGGCCAGAAUAAGACUACGCCGUCAUCGACGGCCGAGCACGUGGACGGACCUGCUGGCGAGCAAGGCGACUACUUCGCUUUGCCGGGCCACCCACAUCCCAGGUUCAGCCAAGACGACAGCCAACCCGCUUUUAUGAAGAGUAGGGUUGGUACGCAGGACUCAACGCCUUCAGCGGCAUCAGUUGCGUCGCAGGAACUGCCGCUUGCCUCGAGCGGAUCGUCCGCCACUGAAUCCGGCUCCGGAAAGAAGCGGAGCUUGAAAGAUGCCGCAAUGGCGGCUUUUCACAUAUCAUCUAUGCAGCCCGCACCGGGAGCUGUAAAGGUACCACCAUACUUUGUUUUAAGGGCACGGAUGAACUCGUCGGGCCCAGCACCAACGUCGGCUCCUACUGUGCAGACCGCGACUAUACCUACACCUGCGAAUGUCCCUCGACCCCCAAAGGUUGUCCAUGGAGAAUAUGCCAAUCCAGGAAGCACUCGAAACCAACAGCCCGCAAGUCGAGUUUCCGAGGGUUCGUCAUCGUCCUCUAACUACGACGUCUCACCCCUUCCUUCGCCAGCAACGACGCCAGACACUUCCCGGCCGCAGUCCGCAAGGGGCGAAGUCUCGAAGGGCUCAAACGAAGAUUUGUCUCUUCAAGACGACCAAAGAACUGUUCGCCAGUCAUCCGGAGGGUCUAGCGUGGCGAGCUCCGCCAUCAUUACCCCGCGCCCGAGGCGCAGGAGCGACGAAUUGAUUACGGAAGAGGAUCGGUGGAGCAGGUCGGCGAUGCCAAUGGAUAUCGACUUCGAUGCCCAGUCGACAGCCACUUCGUCGUCCAACUCUGACGAUGUUCCUGGCGGGGCCGCUACACGGUCACCAAAGCCGCCUGCCCUUGCCAGAUCGCAUUCGAAUCCCGAUCUCUCCGACAGCGCAAAGGACCCAAGGCCCCUGCCACCACCCAAGGAUCAACCCCUGAGCCCUCGCCGAUCUAGAACGCGAGAUCGUCCUCUCGAGCGCCCGAAGACGUCGCCGACAGCUAAACAAUCCCAAGAAGAAAAGGAGCUAGAUAAUGGGCCUGAGCAGGAGUCCCAGCACGACCUGAAGCUGAAGCGCAAGCUCCGGAAACAGAAACAGAAACCCGAGCCUGAGCCCAAGCCGGCCAGGAAGUCCAGCGAGAAUAGGGAGUCGACUGAGCUGGCCAGCAGCAGCAUCACAAAAUCGAACAAACACGUUGGCUCGGCUAAUGCCAGCAUCCUCUCGGCCAGAUUCAUGUCCCCAAUUGGGGGUUUCGUGCCGUCAUAUGGCUUUAGUAGCAAUCCAUUUUUUGUCGACUUCUCCGAGAUAGGCAAGGCGUCGGAGCCGGUCACAGUCUCGUUGCCGUUCAAGGUCACUACAACUCAGAUAAUGCUCCAAGGCACGCCGGAUCCGGCACCAGGCAAGGUUACGUCUCCGGCCCCAGCGACAGUUGAAAGCCCAGAUCCAACUUCCAAGCAAGCCCGCAUUCUGGCCGCUCCGGAACCACCAAGGCCAGCGAUCAGGUCCACGCGGUCACCCUCACCGCCGCCCACGCAUGAGCCAAAAGCUGGCCCACCUCCGAGGCCUACCACUACCACAACCCCGGUCUCGAUUCUCAAACCCACUCCUCCGCCGCAGCAGACAUCCAGCCCCCCCCCAAACCCGACUCCGGGGUCCAAGCCGCAUGUUCUCUCGGCCAUCCCGAAACACCUGCAGCCACAAACAUCGACGCGUGCAGUCACAGCCCCUGAAGCACGCAUGGCCCCCAUUGCCAAGAUGUUUGUCGAGUGCUGCAGCUGCCACUUCUACCACGACAUGCCGUCCAAGCUUUACGAGUGCAUGGCCAAGCCGGAUGCGGUGGUAGAGGACCGGUCUCUGGGCAUUUCAGGGGCCAUUACGACCAUGGUCAAGUGCCCCUGGUGCCACCACAACAUGAGCACGAAAUGCUGUGCCGGAUAUGCGGCAGUGGUCUACGUGAAAGAGAAAUUACACUGAUGAGGAUGAUUCAAACGGCCUGGGGAAAAGAUGGCCGAGUGCACGGUGCAAUUACGA